AUGGUGAACCGAGACUUUAGUCACCGGUGUGCCGUGGUGCUGUUCUGUUGUUGCUGGGUGUUGUUGAUACUUCCCGAGUGCCACGCGCCCGUUAUCUCGCCCGAUACCUCGUGGAUGAGUAACGAUGUGAAUGGUUUUGAACCUCCGCUCGAGGCGCUACCGGGAAUCGGAUGCCAGCAGGCCAGCCUGACGUUGGUUUCGCGUGUUUCCGAUCUGGCCAUCGAAUGGUCCGACGGUGCUCACCAGCAGGACGAUCGAGCGAUCGUGAAACACUUCUACAACAUUUCGUGGUACGAUCGAAACGAAGGCAGGGUGAUCCGGCAAGGCGGAGGUAUCCUUAAGCUGCAAACCUUCCGACUGCCGACGCAGAACAAGUGUGAAAUCAUCGAGCUGUCCGUGUGUCGUCGAGAUUGGCAGUCACAGACGUGCGCGUGUGGUAUUUGGACCCCAGCAACCAAAGCUCUACGAUCGAUCCGGGUUCUAAAAGGGAUCGGUGGAGUGUACAGUGUCUCCUGGGAGUCAGACCCCUGUGUUACGGAGUACGUGCUUGAGCCGGGUUCCAUUGUGCUGACGUCAACGCACCCGGUGGUAAGAGUUUAUGAUGCAACCGAGUGCAACUGGAAUCAGCUGGUGGUUCGUGGCGAGACGCAGAACGGAGCCACGUGGCAGGAGCUGGUCGAGUUCCACGCCUAUCCUCAGAGGCUGCUGUGGCCGGGCUGUGUGAUGGCGAACAGUGUGGCCAUUCGUGCCAUUCCCGAAUCGGUGUACGAAAGCCCUUUGGAACUCACGGUGGAUCGAUACCGUGAGGCGGACGAGCAAAGUGCGGCGUGCUUUGUUCCGACCGCCCAGGACUAUGCGGUUGCUUGUGGAGUAGCGUCAAGUAGACUUCGGCACCACGCCGCAGCAGCAGUACCGAGUGCCGACCCUAUGUUUUGUCCUGUGUUUCGAUCUACCGCCACCGAUCCGCUAUCCAUUGGUCCGGUACGGGAUCUGCGGGCGAAUACGGAUCUGGAUCGCACCGUCAUUCUGACCUGGCGAGAACCGGACGAUGCUGACGAUUGCGUGAAGGAGUACCAAGUUAGCUGGGGUUCGGAAAUGGUGGUAUUGGCGCCGGACAAGACAUCGUACUUUGUGCGUAAUCUGGAACCGUGUGUCUCGUACAACUUCACCGUGGCAGCCGUUGAUCUCACGAACGAUAGGGGUGUUCCGAAUACGAUCGAGGCGACGGUACGCGAGAUCGAGCAGCUCUCGGAGGUGGUCGAACUGGAGCUGAACGAGGUGGAUCCCCGGUCACUGUCGGCCAAGUGGAAACCCCCGGUCAACGGGACGAACUGUGUCAAGUCGUAUCGAGUGGCCGCGUGGUACACCUCACCCGAGGAUGCCAGCGAUGAGGUCGUGUUUUCCAACACGACCACCGAUCAGCACGUUACGUUCGGCGAGGUUAUAGCCUGCAUGACCUACAUGGUGCAGGUGAUUCCGAUAUCGUUCCUCAACAAGGACGGUCGCAACGAAAUUGCCCCACUGAAGACGAAGGAGCGCACGAUUUUGCCCUACCACGUGGAACCGAUCCGGGCGGUAGUGGUUAAGCCGCGGAGUCUCGAGCUGUCAACGCAUCUGCACGCGGACAACAACAACAAUUGUCUGCUGGUCAGUGUUCGGUUCAACUGCACGAUAGUAACCGAUGGGGAGGCCGACCCCGAGUCGCAGGUUGUCAAGGAGUACCGCAUACCGGAUGGAAACGCGAGCUUCGAGGGCCUCGUAGAGCCGCUUGUUCCCUAUUCGGUGUAUCAGUGCAACGCGCAGAUCCUCAACAUCGCCGGCUGGUCCGACGCCACACCGUCAUACGACAUUCAAACCGCCGAAGAUGUGCCGGAAAUACCCCGCGACCUGCGACUAAGGGGGGGCAAUGGAUCGGUCGACAUCACCUGGAAGGCACCGGCCGUGAAGAAUGGGAUCGUGGUACGCUACCGGAUCCACAUCCGGAUGAUCGGCCCCGAGUAUCCGCUGCCGAAGGCUUGCGAUGAGUUGGAGGAGUACAACGAAACGGUGGACCUGCGCGAUGAGAUCGAACCCGGGGAUACGCGCAGCUGGGAUGGGGUCGACUUUCAGUACACCGUCACGCGGCUGGCCCCUUACACCGAGUACACGGUGCAGGUGGCCGCAGCGACAGGAGCGGGCGUUGGACCUUAUAGUGACGCGUCCAGCGUUGUCACUCGGCCGGGUGCACCGGAACUGGCGCGAAACUUUCGUAUCGAAUCCAUCCUGGGCCCGGAACUGAACAAACCGUACCAAUCGUCGGUGGAGUUCUCCUGGGAGGUACCGUGCCGGCUGAAUGGGCAGCUGCGCCGAUUCGAGGGAUUGUUGUACGGCGUCCGGGGCCAUAACAUCUCCGCCACGCACUCGCUCGCGUGGAGCGUGACCGUUGAAGAAGGGGACGAUCUGUUGGAGCCGUUCCGCUACAUCGAGAACCGGCUGCUGCCCGAGUAUGACUACAUGGUUUCCCUUUAUCUGUUUGUGGCCGAUGUGGACGAGCCGAGCGCGGAAACGAUGCUUACUUUCGAGUCUCCAGCAGGCAUUCCGACCAUCGAUCCGACGGAAGAGUGGUUCAAAGUGGACGUGUUCGAUGCCCCGAACCCGACCAACACCGCCCGGAUACUGCUGGGCAGCAUCUCGCUCACCUCGGACAUUGGCAGCAUCCGGUACGUGGCGCUGCUGGUAUCGGAGCGUAUCUGUCAGAGCGAUCCGCAGCCGCGGACCGACUUCAUUAACGUCGCCGGCGAGUCCCAGUGGCCGGAGGUUCCCGACUGGCACCGGGUGUACAAUAUGCGCUGCACGGAGCAAUACCAGACGACGCCAAAGUUUUGGAACCCGAUGCAGCGCCUUGUGCGGGGCGAAACGAGCGCCGUCGAGUUCGUGGUUGGCGAGGAGCGGUGCGACACUGGCAAGGAGUACUGUAAUGGGCCGCUUAAACCGGGCACGGACUACGCGCUGGUCGUGCGGAUAUUCUCCCGCACCGGCUACACCGAUUCGAAUCUGCAGUUUUUCCGCACGGAUUCGCUCAUCUUGGUCGGGCUGAUCACCGGCUCGAUCGUGGCCUGCUGUGUGCUGGCGUUCGUUAGCGGGUUGGUGAUACUGUGGCGCCGACAGAGGCUGCUGUCACCGGCCCAGCUGGCGGGGCGCACCCCGAGCGAGGAACCGUCGGACAUUCCGCUGAAAAACUUCCCCAACCAGUACGACGAGCUGUUCCAGUCGAACCGGGAGAAGGUUUCGAAAGAGUUUCAGGCGAUCAACUACUUCGCCGAUACGGUGCUGCAGGAGACGGUCAGCCAGCAGAGUGCGCGCGAGAACGAGCGUAAGAACCGAUACGUCAACAUACUGCCGUUUGACUCGAACCGGGUGCAGUUGGAUGGCCACGACGAGGUCGAGGGCGAUGCCAACGACUACAUCAACGCGUCCUACAUCGAGGGCUACAAGUACCAGCGGGAGUACAUCGCGACGCAGGGUCCCAAGCAGGACACGUGCUACGACUUCUGGCGCAUGGUGCUGCAGUGUGAGAUCGAGUCGAUCGUCAUGCUGACGCAACCGAUCGACCACGACAAGAACAAGUGCUGUCAGUACUAUCCCCGGUUCCUACAGUCAAUCUGCUUCCGCGACAUCCGCAUCAAGUGCCAGCAGGAGAUGAACCUGGGCCUCUACCAGCGCCGUCUGUUCCUGGUUUCUCAGGGCAACCUGACCAAGGUGGUGUUCCACUAUCACUACCUCGACUGGCCCGACCACAGCUGUCCGGCCAGCCCGACGGAUCUGAUCAAGUUCACCAAAAUCGUCCGGGCGGAACGCAAGAGCUACGCCCUGCCGCUGGUCGUGCACUGCAGUGCCGGCGUCGGUCGCACCGGGACGUUCAUUGCGUUGGACAUACUGCUACAACGGAUGCUGCAGGAGAAGAAGAUCAACGUGUACGACACGGUCAAACAGUUGCGCCGCCAGCGAGUCAAGAUGGUCCAGACACUCGAUCAGUACACGUUCCUGUACCAGUGCUGCCUGGAGUACGUCACAAAGAGCAACCGGAAAAAGCCUAAAACGAGCUACAUCGAAAUGAUGCGACGGGAUGGUGAUGGUGGCGGCGGCGGAACUGGUGGCGAUGGGAAACAAAACAUGCCCACCGUCAUCGAGGUUGACCAGCCCGGCACGAUCAGUAACGGUGGGAAGCCGCUGUUUAAGAUUAAGUUCCCUAAGUCGGUUAACCCGGGUCUGAACCCUGGAGGUCUGGAGAAGGUGACCAGCUUUGCACCGACCGACAUCGGGGGAAGCGAUCCUUGAUUCGGGGCAGCACCAGGAACCGAUUGUGUGUGCCGAUACCGAUGAUUACUGCUAAACGGGUAUGUUAUCUAUUCUACAAAGGUCUGAACAGGAAACGUUUAUGGGAUUAGAAGAAGGGUGAGCGAGCGUGAGCUUUUACCAGUUAAAGAC